AUGUGCCAACCACGCAAAAGAAGAUGUACUCCGCUUCCAUCUUGGUGGAGUAGAGCAGAGCGCGGUAUGGCGGCCUCAUGGCUCCUCAAACAUCCUUGUCCACCAGCAAGGCCAUGGACAAGAACAAGGAAUGCUACGGGUCUCCGUCUCCAGCAGGUGACCACCAUCACUUACCGGCGAACCACGUGCACUGGCCGGAGCGCCGCCGUUGCGGUUAAGCACGAGGAGGAGGGCGCCGACGAAGAGUGGCUGGCGUACCUGGACCCGGCGAAGCUAGAGGUAUUCGACCAGCUAGAGCCCUGGGCCGAGGCGAACGUGGUGCCGCUCCUGAAGCCUGCAGAGGUGGCGUGGCAGCCGACGGACUUGCUGCCGGACCCGGCGUCGCUGGGCGCCGAUGGCUUCCACGCUGCGUGCCGCGACCUCCGGGCGCGCGCGGCCGGCCUGCCAGACGCGCACUUGGUGUGCCUCGUGGGCAACAUGGUGACGGAGGAGGCCCUCCCGAGUUACCAGAGCAUGGCGAACCGCUUCCAGGCCGUCCACGACCUCACCGGCUCCAGCGGCACCGCCUGGGCGCGCUGGACCCGCGGCUGGUCCGCCGAGGAGAACCGCCACGGCGACGUGCUCAACAGGUACCUCUACCUCUCCGGCCGUGUCGACAUGCGGCAGGUCGAGAGGACCAUCCACAACCUCAUCCGGUCCGGCAUGGUCCUCAACGCCGCGCGGAGCCCCUACCACGGCUUCAUCUACGUCGCCUUCCAGGAGCGCGCCACCUUCAUCUCCCACGGCAACACCGCGCGGCGCGCCAAGGAGCACGGUGACGUGGCGCUCGCCCGCAUAUGCGGCGCCAUCGCCGCCGACGAGAAGCGGCACGAGCUGGCCUACACGCGCAUCGUGGCAAAGCUGUUCGAGAUCGACCCUGACGGCGCGGUUCGCGCGCUGGCCUACAUGAUGCGCCGUCGGAUCGUCAUGCCGGCGUCCCUCAUGACCGACGGCCGCGACGAUGACCUCUUCGCGCACUACGGAGCUGUGGCGCACCAGGUCGGUAUUUACACAGCCUCCGACUACCGUGGCAUUCUGGAGCACCUGAUAAAGCAGUGGGGAGUGGAGGAGCUGGUGGCCGCCGGACUCUCGGACGAGGGGAGGCGAGCGCGGGACUACGUGUGCGCGCUCCCACAAAACAUCCGAAGGUUGGAGGAGAAGGCCCACGAACGUAGCCGCCACAAGGCCCAUCCCAUGACAUCCAUCCCAUUUAGCUGGAUCUUUGAUAGGCCCGUCAGCAUCACCGUGGCCUAA